AUGGCCGAAUCAAGCACAGUUUAUGUCGUAACCGGUGUGAAUCGCGGCAUUGGCCUCUGCUUGGUGCAAAGUCUGCUCGCGCGGCCGCAGACGAUUGUUGUCGGCACCGUGCGUUCCAACGACGGAAAAGCCCAGCUCCUCGACGGCACGGCCAACGUGGUGCCUGGCGUGGGAAGCAAGCUCGUUAGCGUUCUAGUCGACUACUCUGCCUCUCUAGAGGCCGAAGACAUUGUGAGAAAAUUUGGACCGACUCUGGCGGAGCACGGCAUCAAGCAUGUGGAUGUGCUGAUCGCGAAUGCUGGCCACACCAUGGCCAUGGAGAACGUUUUGGCGACGACGGCCACGCAGAUGAGGGCGCUCUACGAGGUCAACACGAUUGGGCCGCUGGUGACGCUUCAGGGACUGUGGCAUCUGAUGACGCAAGGAAGGGCGGAUCAGGGGAGACCAGGAAAGGGCCGGUAUGUGUUGGUGAGCUCGUCGGUAGGCUCGAUCGGGAUGAUGGAGCCCAUGGUCGGCGGCGCUUACGGGCCGAGCAAGGCGGCGGCGAACUGGAUCGCGAGGGCAGUCCACAUGCAAUUUGGCGGAGAUGAGGCGGGAGAGGAGGGGAGGAAAGUGGUCGGCGUCGCGGUGCACCCGGGCUGGGUCAAGACAGAGAUGGGGGACAUGGCGGCUAAGUCGUGGGGUCUGCCGGAGGGCCAUGGGCCGACGCUGAGCCCGAAAGAGAGCGCAUCGGAUGUGCUGGAUAUUGUGGACAGAGCGGAGGAGUUUGGGGGCAAGUUUGUCAUGGAGGGUGGUAAGGAACUGCUUUGGUGA